ACAACAGAAAAACACGUGCUUCAACAAGAAGCACAGAUUUUAUUCAAUCACCAAAAGUCGAUUUCUUUCAUCCCUACGUCACAUAUCUUCUUUCGAAUCAAAGCACAGAAUAACAGUAGAUUCUACAAAUUUCCAUUCUUAGAUGGAACACCCAACACAAAUUUCCCAACACAGAACAGUCCUCAAAACAUUUUGAAUGAAUUCCAAACAACCUUAGAACAGAAAAGGAAAUUCAAAAAAAAAAAAAGGAAGCAACUUUCCAGUCCCUUUUAAUCCUCUGAAAUGCCCACCAUUGAUUUGAGCAGAACACCUCCAUGUGUCACUCUUUUUCCUUCUUUUCGACAACGACCCAAGAUUCAAUUUUCCAUUACAAAUUCACCUGUUAAUUCGUUUCUGUAUAGUUUCAAACCCAAACGAUUUCAUUUCUUGAAACCAUGUUCUUCCUUAAAGGAAACCAAGAAACAGCAGACCCUUUUGAAGACACCAAACAAAUCUCCUCAGAGCUUCAGGAGAGUGCUUAAUUUGAACCCCAAAAAUGGUGAUGAUGAUGAUGAUAAUUGUGAGAGGGAUAGUGGGUCAGGAGAUGGUGAUACUGCUAUUAAAGGUACCAUUUUGGCUGGUCUUUUGAUUGUGGGUGUGGUUGGUGGAUUUGGAACUGUUGGGUACAUAUACAAGGACCAGAUCAAUGCUUUCUUGAACCAGUUUUCUGGCAUUAUUGAAGGUUAUGGGCCAGCUGGAUAUGCUCUUUUUGUUGCAGUUUAUGCUGGACUAGAAAUCCUUGCAAUACCUGCCAUUCCGUUGACCAUGUCGGCUGGUCUUCUAUUUGGCUCUGUCACUGGGACCAUCAUUGUUUCCAUUAGUGGAACGGUGGCGGCAAGUGUUGCGUUCUUGAUUGCCAGAUAUUUUGCUCGCGAACGUAUUCUUAAGCUGGUCGAAGGGAACAAGAAAUUUCUUGCAAUAGACAAAGCAAUUGGAGAAAAUAGUUUCAAAGUGGUUACUCUUCUCCGUUUGAGCCCUUUGCUUCCAUUUUCUCUUGGGAAUUAUCUUUAUGGACUUACCUCAGUCAACUUUGUACCAUAUGUUCUAGGAAGUUGGCUAGGAAUGCUUCCUGGAUCAUGGGCUUACGUGAGUGCAGGUGCAUUUGGCCGUGCAAUUCUUCAAGAAGAAUCUGAAAUUGGCCUAGGAGGAGGAAUCCAACAGCUACUGACCCUUGGAGUAGGCUUAUUGUUUACAGCACUUGCUGCAGCUUAUGUAACACGGCUCGCGAAGGACGCUAUGAAAGAUAUUGAGUAGGCAGAAUUACUUGUGCCCUAACAAGUAGAGUUUACAUGCUGUUUUAUCAACAUGCACAACUAAAAAGGGCCGCCCAGUGCACUAAGCUCCCAUUAUGCACAAUUACCUCGUGAAAAUUGAAAAACGACAUGUAGUUGAUAAGGUCAGAUAGGAAAAGUUGAAUUGUAUCAUCUUAAUUGUAUCAUAUCCUUGUUCUGAUGCGUAGCGUUCAAGCAUCGCGUGGCCAAUGUCUCCCUUUAACUUCCUCUUCUGCUGAACUCAUGUUAGGGGAAACAGAAUGAACACAAAGGAAUCGAAGGAUUUGCCCCCUGCUUGUGCUUAAUGUUGUAGCACAAUGAUGGUGCUCUCAAUUAUGAUUUUAUUUGAAUUGUAUUAAUCUGAAUCAUCUAAAAGAUUAAACGGUUAGAGAAUGAACUCUUUUAUUCCGAGGAAA